AUGAAAGAUUUCAUAGAUUCACUUUAUCAGAACGGCCAGAAAUAUGUGAUCAUCGUAUAUCCUGGGACCAGUGUAAAUGAGACAGAAGUUACUAAUGCAGCUUUAACUAAUGUCAUUGGCAAAAGGCCAUUUGUGCUGAGUAGAUCUAUUUUCGUGGGUUCUGGCACGUACACAGCACACUGGAAUGGAGACAAGGCUGCCACAUGGGAAAAUUUGGCAUACACAAUACACAUCUUCAACUUUGGAAUAUUUGGAAUUCCAAUGGUUGGAGCUGAUAUAUUUAGUUUUCAAGAGACAACUUUUAUCCCUCUGCUAGAGACCACUCUGAGAAAUUCACCAUCCGUCAGUCAAGAGCCAUAUAUCUGGGAUUCAGUCCCUAAAUCAUAUAGGAAGGUGCUUGGACUUCGUUAG